AUGGCGCCUUACCUGGGCCUCCGGGGCAUGCCCCUAGUGAUUGCCAUCACCGCCGCUUGUUCUACCGGUUUCUUGCUCUUCGGAUACGACAAUGGAGUCUUCUCCGGCCUCACAACAGAUGAAUUCUUUCUCACAAUCAUGGGUAGCCCCAACUCCACCUUGCUCGGUUUCAUCGUUGCCGUCUACGAACUCGGCUGUCUCGUCGGUGCUCUGGCAUCGUUCUUCUGGGGUGAAGCCCUAGGACGUCGCUGGCUCACGGUUUCUGGCGCCGUGUGGCUUAUCAUCGUGGCUUACUGGGUCGACUACGGCUGUAGUUCGUACACGAAUGGUUUCCAGUGGAGGUUCCCUAUCGCAUUCCAAAUUGUGUUUGCCAUCAUGUUGAUUGUUAUGUGCUUCUUGUUGCCCGAAAGUCCUAGAUGGCUCGCAAGCCACGGCCGCGAGCAAGAAGCUCUUGAAGUCGUCUGCCUUCUCCGCGACGGUAACCCCGAGGACGAAAACAUUCGCACUGAAAUGGCCGAGAUCAAAGAUGCCAUUGCUCUUGAAGAAGAGGCAGCCAGUGGCUGGAUGGAUUGUUUCCGUGACGGAGGUGUCAUGGGCUGGCAGCGCGUUGCUAUUGCAUGUUCUGCACAGGCUCUGCAGGAGUUUACCGGUACCAACAUCAUUACUUACUAUGCUCCAUACGUGAUGGUCAAUAGUGUGGGCCUUGAUGCACAUCAAUCCUUGUUGUUGUCUGGUGGUCUUCAGUUGUGGUUCCUUGUUGCGUCUAUUCUUCCUUGGUUCUUCCUUGAUAAGAUUGGACGUCGUAAGCUCUUCUUCCUCGGCAGUGCAGGUAUGGGUGCCUGCAUGUUGAUCUCCGGCCUGACUAUCAGAGCUGGUACACAUAACGCUGGUAUUGGUGCCGUGGUAGUCCUCUAUAUGUUCCAGGCAUUCUUUACCUGGGGCUGGAUGUCCAACAUGUGGGCCUACCCAAGUGAAAUCCUUCCCAUCCGUCUCCGACAAACUGGUUCAGCAUUAUCUGUGGUCUGGCAAUGGCUAAUCACCUUCCUCGUGGUCGAAAUUACCCCAGUGGGCAUCCAAAACAUAGGCUGGAAACUCUACAUUGUCUUCUGCAUCCUCAAUUGGGCCACUAUUGUUGUGGUCUACUUCUUUUACCCUGAAACAGCGGGCAAGUCAUUGGAGCAGAUUGACUUCUUGUUUGCUAGUCAAUCGAGUUUGAGGCAGGUGGUCAAGUUGAGUCAGAGGAAGGAUUUGGAUGAGAUGGCUGUCAUUCGUGAGACACAGGCCCAGGUACACCAGCAGAAGGCGGAUACCAAGCAGGUCGAGGAUACUGAUGCUGGGGAGCCUUGA